AAUCAACCGAACGCGAUAAGCGACCGCCGGCGUCUACGUCAUACCGUCGCGACCAUAUAAAACUUAAACGGAAUCCUUAGAUGCGUCAGUUGGGUUCUUCGUUGGGUUACGUUACGCGGUUUUCACUCAUUCAUUCGUGCUGUUACCAUGGUUGAGAUCGGCCUAAUCAACGGACAACAGAUGGACCCUGUGCCGGUGAAGAAAACCCCCGUGGACUCGACCAACGGCCACCACCAUCAACCCAUCACCAAAGAACUUGCCCUUCCCAGCUGUCAUUGUGUCAAAGGUCACGAGCCAUGCGCCUACCACGAGUCGAGGAAGGAGUUACCUACCAGGGAGGACUUGUUACCUGACAUGACUAAAGCCUAUCGAUCCCUCCUAGGGGCCCUAGGGGAGAACCCCGAUAGGGAAGGCCUACUGAAGACCCCCGAAAGGGCCGCCAAGGCCAUGCUCUACUUCACCAAGGGGUAUGAUCAGAGCUUGGAGGAGAUCUUGAACGACGCCAUCUUCGACGAGAACCACGACGAGAUGGUGGUGGUCAAGGACAUCGAGAUGUUCUCCAUGUGCGAGCACCACUUGGUGCCCUUUUACGGGAAGGUUUCCAUUGGGUAUUUACCUUCCGGGAAGGUUCUAGGUCUAAGCAAAUUGGCCAGGAUCGUCGAGGUGUACUCCAGGAGGCUCCAGGUGCAGGAGAGGCUCACCAAGCAGAUCGCUGUAGCUGUUCUGAAGGCCGUGCAACCCAUCGGGGUGGCUGUAGUGGUCGAGGGAUCGCAUAUGUGUAUGGUGAUGCGUGGGGUGCAAAAGAUCAACAGUAAAACCGUAACCUCCACCAUGCUGGGGGAGUUCAGGGACAACCAGAAGACCAGAGAGGAGUUCUUAAAGUUGGCCCUUCACCAUUAAUUAAAUUAAACAAGGACGAAGCGCCGUUUUCUAGUCAGUAAGAGAAAGAAAAAAAAAUCGAUACACAGGGUGUUCUAGACCUUAAAAGACGUUCGUUAGAUGCUAUAAGCCUAACUGUGGUAUUAUUAGGUUAUAAGUAAUUAUGUGAUUAUUUAUUUAUUUUAUUUUUUUCUUUUGUAAUAAAAAUGAUGAAAUGAC